GCGUUCUACAGUACCGAGCUGCCUUGGGCUAACCAAGCACAACCGAAGAGUGCCCGUGUGGUUUCGGUGACGUUGGUGACAUUUCAAUCACCCCGCGAUUCAAGUACAAAUGGCGGGGUUGAAUAAUUAGUUCUGAUUCCCUCCUUUUUCUUUUUUUUCCCUUUUGAUUUCUUCAACAUUGAAUCCCUCUACAUCUACACCUUCAUACAACAAUCAAUUGACCCAGCACCAUGUCUUCCAAGCCGAGUAAUGAACAUCUACAGGCCAUCGAGGCCGCUGUAGGCAAACUCGGACCCCCCGUAGAAUUCAACUACGAGGACCGCGAAACCAUGCUCUACAACAUUGGCAUUGGUGCGAAAUCAGACGAACUGAAAUAUGUCUUCGAGGGUGACGACGAGUUCCAGGUCAUUCCUACAUUUGGCGUCCUGCCCGGGUACACCGCAGACAUGCCCUUCAGCUUCGACUCCAUCAUCCCCAACUUCAACCCCAUGAUGCUUCUACACGGCGAGCAGUACCUCGAGAUUCGCAAGUACCCCAUUCCCACCUCCGCCAACCUCAUUAGCAAGUCGAGCCUCAUCGAAGUGGUUGACAAGGGCAACGCUGCCGUCGUCAAGACUGGUCUGACUGUCACACACGCCGAGACUGGCGAGGACAUCUUUUACAACGAAAUGACGGCCUUUGUGCGCGGAUCUGGAGGCUUUGACGGCAACAGAGUCCCUGCUGAUCGUGGAGCGGCCACGGCUGCCAACAAGCCGCCUGCCAGAGCACCCGACUUUGUCCAAGAGAGUGCUACCGAUAUUCACCAGGCCGCCAUCUUCCGCCUUAGCGGCGAUUAUAAGUAUGUUUUCCUUCCCUUUUUCUUCUUUUUGUUAACUACCCAACUAACCAUACAUGAACUGCUACCAGCCCUCUUCACAUCGACCCCUCCUUCGCCAAGAUGGGCGGCUUCAAGAAACCCAUCCUUCAUGGCCUCUGCACAUUUGGCGUGGCAGGCAAGGCCAUCUACGACAAGUAUGGCGCUUACAAGAACGUCAAGGUCCGCUUUGCGGGAACCGUCGAUCCCGGGCAGACCAUCGUAACAGAGAUGUGGCGCGAGGGAAAGAAGAUCAUUUUCCAGUGCAAAGUCAAGGAGACGGGUAAAAUGGCCAUUGUCGGCGCCGCGGCCGAGCUUGUUGGCGAUAUUACAAGCAAGAUUUGAGAGUUAAAAAAGUCCGGAACAGGGAAUUUUGGGUGGGGCACUCAGUGCAAUAAUGGCGGCGUUCACAUGUUUUUUUUUCUGUUUCAGCGGUCUUACAGCGCUAUGGCUGUGCCUUUUUCCAGGCGAUCGCUUGCGGAUCAUCACCCCCAGCAAACCUGCUCUAGUGGACUCGUAGUGCACUGGCUCUAAUCUACCCGUCGUACGAUGUGCGCGGAAUAGACUCAGUCAUCGCCGAUUACUUAGACAGAAAUUGCAUGCUGUAUCGACC